CCAGAAACUAAGAGCAAGGAAAAGCAAACAUGGGUUCUGCAUCAGAGAUCGCAGCCAAGUUGAAUCUGGUCCCAAACCCUGAGGGUGGUUUGUAUUCUGAAACUUUCAGGGACACCUCCAUCUUCCUCUCCAAAUCUCAUCUUCCUCCUCGAUACAAAGUUGGUCGUGAAAUGAGCACAUGUAUCUACUUCAUGCUACAAUCCGGAACUGUGUCUCGUCUUCAUCGAAUACCAUGCGCCGAGAUCUGGCAUUUUUAUAAGGGAGAACCUCUUACGAUCGUAGAGCUGGACGAGAAAGAUGGGAAGGUGAAACUAACAUGCGUUGGACCUGAUAUAGUAGAUGAUCAGAGGGUGCAAUAUACUGUACCUCCAUAUGUUUGGUUUGGUGCAUUUCCAGCAAAGGAUCUUCACAUUUCCAGUGACGGGGGAGUUACCAGAGCUGAACCGAGAGAUCCUGAGGCUCACUAUUCCCUCGUGGGAUGCACCUGUGCACCUGCCUUUCUGUUUCAAGACUUCGAGCUCGGUAAACGGUCCGAGCUCGUCGCUAGCUUUCCCGAUUACGAGCCUAUCAUUUCUUUUCUCACCCUUCCUGAUUGA